AUGAGAUCUCAAGCCAAAGUACCACAAAGUCCAAGUGACAGCCCAUCCAUGACGAGCGCCUUGCCGUUUUUAGGCCCUCGACACUUCAUGGAGCUCCAAGAGUUUAGCCGAAGAAACGUACGGAGCAUGCCUCACACGCUCGGCGAGCUUAUGCAGUAUGUCGGAGACCAGUCCACCGACCCCAAUGCUCGUCGGAUUCUUCAAAUCAGAGAAACCGACUUUUCCCGACCACCCAAAACGCCCUUUGUCCUUUACUUUCGAAACCUCACUUAUAGCAUCAAAAUCCGCCGGAAAAUCAUCCCAUCAUGUUUUAACAACGCUAGUAAAUCGGGUACGACAAAAAUCUUGCUUGACGGGAUUUCAGGACAAGCCUCGGAAGGCGAGAUCAUGGCCAUUCUCGGGGCCAGCGGGUCCGGGAAGUCCACACUUAUCGAUGCUCUCGCCGGCCGCAUUUCUCGGGAGAGCCUACAGGGGACCGUUACCCUAAACGACAAAUUCUUGGACCCAAAACUUCUCAAAGCCAUAUCGGCAUACGUCAUGCAAGACGACCUUUUGCACCCGAUGCUCACGGUCGAGGAAACUCUAAUGUUCUCGGCCGAGUUCCGGCUACCGUGGGCCAUGCCCAGGUCCGAGAAGAAGGCCCGUGUUGGGGCCCUGAUUAGCAAGUUGGGCCUUGAGGCCGCCGCUGGGACGGUUAUCGGAGACGAGGGCCGGCGAGGUGUCUCGGGCGGGGAGCGGCGACGGGUUUCUAUUGGGACCCACAUCGUCCACGACCCGAUCUUACUCUUUCUGGACGAGCCGACCUCGGGUUUGGACUCGACUAGCGCGCACAUGACAAUCAGAGUCCUCCGUCAAAUCGCACUGGGUGGAAGUAUAGUUAUUUUGUUGAUUCACCAACCGAGCUACCGGAUUCUGCGUCAGCUCGACCGACUAAUCGUACUCUCGCGCGGCCAAGCGGUCUUCGACGGGCCACCCGGGGCUCUUCCCAGUUUUUUCACGGCGUUCGGGAGCCCGAUCCCGACAAACGAGGACAAGACGGAGUUUGCACUCGACUUCAUUCGCGAGCUCGAGGGAACUCCUUGCGGAACCCGGAAUCUAGCCGAUUUCAACAGGAAGUGGCACGAGGGGAAGAAAAAAAACCAGAGCUCAUCGUCGACCCUUGAAAACUCCACGCGCGCGAGCAUUUCCACCGGCGAAUACGCGAACCCUAUGUGGAGAGAAAUCCUCGUGAUCGCCAAAAGAUCGUUCACGAACUCCCGACGGUCCCCCGAGCAGUUCAGUGCUCGGCUCAUCGCAAUCCUCGUAACCAGCGCUAUACUCGCCACCGUCUUUCGGAAUCUCGACAACUCACCGAGGGGCGUCCAAGAGCGUUUCGGUUUCUUCGCGUUCGCCAUCUCGACCACGUUCUACACGUGCGCCGAGGCCAUGCCUGCUUUCCUCCUCGACCGCCACAUAUUCGCGCGCGAGACAGCCCACAACGCGUACCGCCGCUCGUCUUAUGUCGUCUCGCACUCGGCUGCCUCGGUUCCUUCCAUAUCAAUCCUCUCCGCCGUGUUCGCGGCCGCUACCUAUUGGGCUGUGGGCUUGUCAGGAGGCCCGUCGGGCUUCGUCUACUACUUUUCAUUCAUAAUGGCGGCAUUUUGGGCCGGGAGCUCGUUCGUGACCUUCCUAUCGGGCAUCAUUUCGAACAUGAUGGCCGGUUACACGGUGGUCGUGGCAAUCCUAGCCUACUUCAUGUUGUUUAGCGGGUUUUUUAUAGACCGGGAUAGGAUACCUAAGUACUGGCUGUGGUUCCACUACACAUCGCUCGUGAAAUACCCGUACGAAGGGGUGAUGCGGAACGAGUUCGGGGACGGGUCGAGGUGCUUCGUGAGGGGAGUUCAGGUGUUUGACGGGACGGCGUUGAAGGACGUGCCGCACAGGGUGAAGCUCAAUUUGCUGGAGUCGAUUAGUAGGAGUCUGGGGAAGAAUAUUAACGGGUCGACUUGCCUAAUGGCCGGGCCGGAUAUACUGAAACAGAGAGGAGUUGUUGAUUUGGAUAUAUGGAGCUGCCUGUGGAUUACUGUUGCUUUGGGGUUUUUGUUUAGGGUUCUGUUUUACUUUGCACUGUUGUUUGGGAGCAAGAAUAAGAGAAGGUGA